AUGACAGACAAGCUCCCGCCUCAGCUUCUCGCGCUGUUUGCGCCGCGGCCACCUCUUCGAUGGGUGCAGCCGGUCGACUACGCGCCUGGCGAACGACAGACCAUCCCGGUGUCGGGCAUUGCCCAGUUCCUGCCGGCGCUGAAGGAAUUUAAGGACCACGAUGGAUUCGUUCCGACAGAGAGCUGGCUGCAGCGGCGCGAACGGAAAGCCGAAGAACACAAGGCCGCAGAAGAAAAAAAGCUCACAGAGGGCCCUAGAAACUACAAACCGGCCGACGACCCGAACAUUCGCGGCGAUCCUUUCAAGACGUUGAUCGUGGCGAGGUUGAGCUACGAGGCCACCGAGCAGGAUCUCGAGCGCGAGUUUGCCCGUUACGGUCCUAUUGAGCGCAUUCGGAUCAUCAAGGACACACACGCAGACGAAAAGGGGAACAAAAAGCGGAAACCACACCGAGGAUACGCCUUUGUUGUUUUUGAGCGCGAAAAAGAUAUGAGAGCUGCCCACGAUGCUUGUGAUGGCAUUCGCAUCAAAGACCGGCGUAUCAAGGUGGACGUGGAGCGCGGACGAACGGUGAAGGGCUGGAAGCCGCAGCGUCUGGGUGGUGGAUUGGGUGGUCGGGGAUACACCAAGGCCGCGCCCUCGCAGCCGACAGGCCGCGGCGGAGGCGGGUUUGGCGGAGGUGUAGGUCCCGGCUUCCGUCCAGGCGGCGACGGCUUCCGGGGCGGCGGCUUCCGGGGUGGCGGUUUCGGAGGCGGUCGCGACCGCAAUGGUGGAGGAUCUCGAGGCGGCCGCGGCUUUGACCGUGGAUUUCCUGGUGGUCCGCGUGGCGGUGAUGUCAACGGAUUCGGUGGACCGCCGCCGAAUGCACCGGGUGGACCGGGCUAUGGACGGAGCGACCGCGGCGGCGACCGUGGUGAUCGUGGUGAUCGUGGUGAUCGUGGCGAUCGUGGCGAUCGGAGAGAUUUCAACGGUGGGCAUGAGUCGCGUGACGGAGGACGCUCCUUUGAAGACAAGUUUGCCGGCGGUGGCUUCCGCGACAACGACCGCGACCGCGACAGAGACCGAACGCGGGAUAGAGACCACGAUCGACGUCGCGAUCGGGGCGGCGAUCGGAGCGACUCUCGUCGGACGGGCAGCAACAUGGAGCCGAUCCGACCAAGAGAGAAUGGUGGGUAUCGUGACCACAGCAGCCGCGACUUUGACCGGCCGCGCGAUGACGACUCGCGCAAGCGCGGAUUCGAGGGGCCUGUCCACGACGAGACCAGAAAGCUGCGACGAUACCAGUAG